UUCUCGAUGCAGUCGAUCAAAAAAUGUGAACUUCCGGGUUGCUGAAUCGUUGCAAAACAGCGCAGCGGAGGACAGUCAGUGAGAAAAGCCUGGACAACACGACUUUGGGGAGAUGAUGCUGUCAGAAGUCCUGCAGGUGCUGCGUGGGGCGGGUAAAGUGGGGUCUGCCCUGGUCACCACGCAGGGAGAACAGCUCCGAUUAAUGGCCUGCAACUCCUCCCUUGGAGCUGGGGUCAAAGUUGCUCAGGAUGUGGUGGAUGGACUGGUGGGAACUUUUAUGGGCGGCAGCAGUGCGCAACAGCCAAUAAAGGAGGACGUGUUUCCGGAUGCGGAGGGUUGGGAAAAUAUGGACCCCGAUGAAGCAGCCAAAUGGGCUAUGGGGUCUGAGUUCUCUCAUGAUGCUUCAGAGUAUAGCCAAACAGAAGCUGGAGCUGCUGCAGAGACACAAACAGGAGUUCCUCCUCCCCCAGGCGUAGCUCCUGCAGGGGCGGGCUGGCCAGGACAGAGUACUCGCUUCCUCCACACCACCCACAGACUCCAUCAGUACUUCUACCAGACCAGGUCUGUCCACGACACAGUGGUUGCCAGACUCACACCAGAGGACAUUAAGAAAGCGAGGGAGGCCAAGCAGGCCCUGGUCAAACCAGUCAGACAGAAGCUGAGCGACCGGGCCAGAGAGAGAAAGGUGCCCGCCACAAGAAUCAGCAGGCUGGUUAAUUUUGGAGGACUGGCAGUAGGACUCAGCCUUGGCGCCAUUGCAGAAGCGGCAAAGCAAUCACUGGCGGGCAAACAAAAAGGAGACAAGAGUGCUCUGUUAGACUCUCCUCUCCUGUCCGAGGCCAACGCUGAGAGAAUAGUCAGCACACUGUGCAAGGUCCGUGGGGCCGCCCUCAAGAUAGGACAGAUGCUCAGCAUUCAAGACAACUCCUUCAUCAACCCUCAGCUACAGAAGAUCUUUGAGAGGGUCCGACAGAGCGCAGACUUCAUGCCUGCCUGGCAGAUGCAUAAAGUUCUGGAGGAGGAGCUGGGCCCAGGGUGGAGAGACAAGCUAUCGUCUUACGAGGACAAACCGUUUGCUGCAGCGUCCAUCGGCCAGGUGCAUCAUGCAGUGUUAAAAGACGGCAGAGAAAUCGCCAUGAAGAUCCAGUACCCUGGAGUGGCAGAGAGCAUCCACAGCGACAUAAACAACCUGAUGUCAGUUCUGAAAAUGAGCGUGGUCCUGCCAGAAGGUCUGUUUGCAGACAGCAGCUUAGAGGUUCUUCAGAGGGAACUGGCAUGGGAGUGCGACUACAAGAGGGAGGCAGAGUGUGCCAAGAAGUUCAGGUCCCUGCUGGAGGGAAAUAACUUUUUUGAAGUCCCCGAGGUGAUCGAUGAGCUGUCGAGCCACAGGGUGCUGGCUAUGGAGCUGGUACAGGGAGUCCCACUGGACCGCUGCGUAGACCUGGACCAGGAGACCAGGAACACGAUCUCUUUCAACAUCCUCCAGCUGUGUCUCAGGGAGCUGUUUGAGUUCAGGUUCAUGCAGACGGAUCCAAACUGGGCCAACUUCUUCUACAACUCAGACACCAAGAAGGUUGUUCUGUUGGACUUUGGAGCAUGCAGAAGCUACCCAGAAUCCUUCACGGACGACUACAUACAGGUGGUGCAUGCAGCUGCGCUGGGUGAUCGAGCCACUGUUCUUUCCAAAUCGAAGGACCUGAAAUUCCUGACAGGCUUCGAGGCCAAGGCCUUCGAAGAAGCCCACGUGGAGGCGGUGAUGAUCCUCGGCGAAGCCUUCGCGUCCGCCGAGCCCUUCGACUUCGGCACCCAGAGCACCACGCAGCGCAUCCAGAGCCUCAUCCCCGUCAUGCUACGCCACCGCCUCACCCCUCCGCCCGAGGAGACGUACUCCCUCCACCGCAAGAUGGCCGGCUCCUUCCUCAUCUGCUCCAAACUGAACGCGCGCAUACAGUGCAGGGACAUGUUUCUAGACGUGUACAACAGCUACAGCCAGAGGAGGCAGGCGGAGCAGGCGGCGCGGGCCACUGCUUAGACGCUCAGAGACACGACUUUAAAUAUGCACAGAGCGGAGCUGUUGGGUGAAGGGACAGGAAAGAUGGAGUCUACAAGUGGAGACGCUGGAUCAGACAUAAAUGUGUAGCUGGCUUUGGCAGCAUGCUCUAAUAAGCACCAUGAAUCUGGCGGGCUCACUACGCCCGUCUACUUUCAGUACGACAGCUCACUGACAUCCGUGUGAGGACAACUCCACCCUAACUAAACUCUCACACUUGAUUUGAUGACUGUCAUAACAGAUAUAUGGUUUUACAUUAUUGAUUAAAUCUUGAAAUCUAUGUGCUCAUUCGAAGAGAGGCUUAAUUAACUCAUUUGGAGCGUUUGAUGUUGGCCCAUCUCUCUGUCAGAGCAAAUACACUACAUGAUACAGCUGUACAUUAACACCAGCUUCAUGUGCGGUUUCUCAAAACACAGCUUGUGUAUUCCCUCUUGUGCUUUCCUGGAUAAAAUUAAUCAGACACCUGUUCACACCGACGGCAAGGUCCACCGUAUUUCCAAAGGAACGGGUAUCUUCUGUCUUAAGGACACAUAAUGAGGCCUGUGCCGGCCUGCCAAGUGCUCUCUCUUUUGUUAGAAGGACUGUGUGCUGCCUGAUGAGUUGGCGAAUAAAUGUGACGACUGGCAGACCAGACGAGAGAGAAAUUAUCGGAGGACAGACAGUCUAAUGGAUUCUCUGUGAGGAAUGGCCUUGCAUUAUAAAGUAUAUUUGUUGUAAAUACUCUCUUUUUUUGUGUGUGUGUGUGUGUGUACUGUAACCAAGAAGGCAGUGUGCCGUGCGUUGUUUUUAAUGAAAUAAAAUAUGAGCUGGAAUUUAUAUGUCACAAAUCGAGC